GCAAAAGCCAAAAGGUAGUGUGAGAAAUUCAAAGUUCCAAGUUUCGACCCAGCCAGCCAAACUUUAAUUUUACAACCUCUUCGAAUCUCGGGUCUCACACAGUUCAUUUCUCUUCCAUUGAUACUCAUCUUCUCCUUCUGGGGCUGUCUAUCGGUGCGGCGUUCAGAUCUCAGUGUUGUGCAGUGUAUUACCUGCAGGCCUUUCAAUCUUCAAAGCCUCACUUGUUUUCUUCCUUCGUCUCUCGUCCCAUUUCCCAGGAAAUCUUGGGGAGUAGCUGAAUCUUCACACGCAUCUCAUCCUUCUCUCAUCAGAUUGAAUUGGUUCAAUCUCAAUUCAAUCUGAUGAUGGCUUCUCCUGGGAACCCAAAUCAGCCUUCGCCGCCUUUUGACAUGCACAAGUUCUUUAAGCCCAAUAACAAUACCGCACCGCCGAAUCCAGUUUCCCACAAUCCGUCGCCGUUCCUUCCUCCGACGUCUUUCCCUCCCUCCGCCCCGCCGCCUUCUUCUUCUGCGUCUUACCCUCCUCCCACCGGUCCUUAUUCAUACCCUCCGCAAAACGCACCGUUCCACCACCAGUUUCCCCAACCUCACGUUCCGUAUUCCCAAGAGCACCAUUUGCAUCCGAACCUGCAGCACCAGCGUUCUCUGUCUUUCCCUACACCUCCGCUUCAGCCUCAGCCCAUGCCUCCUCCUCCUCAUUCCCUCCCUCCGUCUCCUUCACCGAACAACCCUAACGCCGGUGCUCGCUUAAUGGCGCUGCUCAGUGGUCCGCCUACUACAAAUCAUGAAUUGUCUCAGCAAUCUAAUGCUCCGUUGCAUUCCAUACACCCUCCUUCUUCGGGAGUUCCUGAAUUUCCAUUGCCUGCUAAUGUGCCGGUAAUGCCGACGAUGGGCAUGUUGGCAGGUACCAAUCCGGGGAUCGCCGGGGCAGGUGCUGCGCCUGGCCCGAUUCGUAUGCCGAGCAGUAAGCUCCCAAAGGGUCGGCAUUUGGUGGGUGAUCAUGUUGUGUAUGAUGUGGAUGUGAGAUUACAAGGGGAAGUGCAACCUCAGCUUGAAGUUACUCCCAUUACAAAGUAUGGAUCGGAUCCUCAACUUGUUUUGGGCCGUCAAAUUGCUGUCAAUAAAUCAUAUAUUUGUUAUGGGUUGAAACAAGGGAACAUUCGGGUUCUUAAUAUCAACACUGCACUGAGAUCUUUGCUUCGUGGCCACACUCAGAGGGUCACAGACUUAGCUUUCUUUGCCGAAGAUGUUCACCUCUUGGCUAGUAUUGGCAUAGAUGGCCGUGUAUAUGUGUGGAAGAUCUCUGAAGGUCCGGAUGAAGAAGAUAAACCUCAAAUUACUGGAAAGGUUCUUGUUGCAAUUCAAGUAGUAGGGCAGGAGGAAGCUUCAAAUCCCAGAAUUUGCUGGCAUUGCCACAAACAAGAGGUUUUGGUUGUUGGUAUAGGAAAACAUAUUCUUAGAAUUGACACUACUAAAGUUGGAAAUGGUGAGGCUUGUGUAGCAGAGGAGCCUCUAAGAUGUUCUGUAGACAAGCUCAUUGAUGGGGUUCAGCUUGUGGGUAAACAUGAUAAGGAGGUGACUGAUUUGUCAAUGUGCCAGUGGAUGACAAAUCGGUUGGUAUCUGCAUCGCUGGAUGGCACGAUAAUGAUAUGGGGAGAUCGAAAGGUGCUGCCACCUGCGGUAUUGAUACCACACAGUGGGCUUCCUGUAUAUUCAGCUACAUUUUUGACUGCUCCACACCGCCCUGAUCAUAUUGUGCUUAUCACUGCUGGACCGCAAAAUAGGGAGGUGAAACUUUGGGCCUCAACAAGUGACGAAGGUUGGCUGCUCCCAAGUGAUAUUGAGUCAUGGAAGUGUACUCAGACACUGGAGUUAAAGAGCUCAGCUGAACCUUCAGCUGAGGAUGCAUUUUUCAAUCAAGUGGCAGCACUGUCUCAAGCAGGUCUUCUUUUGCUUGCAAAUGCCAAGAAGAAUGCUAUAUAUGCUGUGCACUUAGAGUAUGGUCCUAACCCAGAAUCAACUCGCAUGGAUUAUAUAGCAGAGUUUACUGUGACCAUGCCUAUUCUAAGUUUUACUGGGACAAGUGAUAUAUUACCACAUGGCGAACAUAUUGUUCAGGUUUAUUGUGUCCAAACACAAGCUAUUCAGCAGUAUGCUUUGGAUUUAACUCAGUGUUUACCUCCACCACUUGAAAAUGUGGGACUAGAGAAGUCUGAUUCCAGUGUUUCACGAGAUGCAAUCAAUGUUGAAGGAUUCACCUCCCUGGAUUCAUCUGCAAUUAGAACAAGUGAGAUGCCAUUAACCGGUUCUCCUUCUAAAAUGGCACAAGCAAGCAGUCCAGAGAAUGCAGCUGUAGCGAGAUACCCUUUAAAUUCUGGCCCUGCUGAGGCUAAAGAAAUUAGCAUUUCAAAUGCUGAAGCUAAAGCUGUUAAUUUGGCUCCAUCAAGCAGUGAUGCUGAUAUUGUUUGUGUCCCAUCACCACCUCUUCCUUUGAGCCCAAGAUUGUCCAAGAAACCGUCUGAUUAUAGGAAUCUUCCAUCUAACUUUGAGUCAGGUCUGGCACUUGGUGACCAGGGUGGGGAGUUACCUGUUGAUGAUUACGCAGUUGACAGGCAAAUGGAUACAAUUCGUAGGAACUUAUCUGAUGUACCUCCACUUGGUAAUGAUUCAAAGAGUGAUGAGAAUAAAGCCACACAGGAUGAUGCAUCUGUUGUGCUUAAUCCUCCUGUUAUGUUUAAGCAUCCAACUCAUCUGGUUACACCAUCUGAGAUCAUUAAAGCUGGUUCUUCCUCUGAAACUAAUGUGGUUGACAGCAAAAGUGGGGGAGAGGGAACAAUUCAGGAUGUGGUUGUCAACAAUGACAUAAGUAAUGCUGAAGUUGAAGUGAAAAUGGUUGGCGAGGCAAGAUCUGAUCAAGACAAUGAAUUUGGCCUGCAGACACAACAGCAAAACCUAGUUUCUGACAAUAAGGAGAAAUUCUUUUGCUCCCAGGCUUCAGAUCUUGGCAUUGAGAUGGCUCGUGAGUGUGGUGCAAUAUCUGGGGAAAAUUACAUGAAUGCCGGUGAAGAUGGAUCUCAAGACAUGGCAAAAGAUGUGCAUGAAAAAACUUCUGACUCAUUUACAUCUACCACAUUACCACCAUCACCCGCACCAAGUACAAAAGGAAAGAGGCAGAAGGGAAAAGCUUCUCAAGCAUCAGGUCCAUCUUCACCGUCUCCAACUGUUUGCAACUCAACUGAUUCAUCCAAUGAACAAAGUGGAAGUUCAAACCUUCCUGCUGCUGAAAGUGCUUUUCCUCAAAUUCAGACAAUGCAGGAGACACUCAAUCAGUUAUUGACCAUGCAAAAAGAGAUGCAAAAGCAGAUGACAAUGAUGGUUGCAGUUCCUGUUACAAAAGAAGGCAGAAGACUUGAGGCAGCCCUAGGACGGAGCAUGGAAAAAACUGUGAAGGCUAACAAUGAUGCGUUAUGGGCUAGGAUUCAAGAGGAGAAUGCAAAAAAUGAAAAGUUGCUGCGAGAUCGUGUCCAGCAGAUCACAAAUUCAAUUAGUAACUUGAUGAACAAGGAUCUUAUGCCCAUAUUUGAGAAAUCUGUGAAGAAGGAAAUGGCUGCAGUUGGACCAUCUGUAGUUCGUGCAAUUAGUCCUGCUAUUGAGAAAACAAUAUCUUCAGCAAUUACAGAGUCCUUCCAGAAGGGAGUGGGUGAUAAGGCAGUGAACCAACUUGAUAAAUCAGUUUGUUCAAAACUUGAAGCUACUGUGGCUAGGCAAAUCCAAGCUCAGUUUCAGACAACUGGUAAACAGGUGCUUCAGGAUGCACUCAAAUCAAGUUUUGAAACAUCUGUGGUUCCUGCAUUUGAAAAGUCAUGUAAAGCCAUGUUUGAGCAAGUUGAUGCCACAUUUCAGAAAGGCAUGGUUGAACAUACCUCUGCAGUGCAGCAGCACCUUGAAUCUGGACAUACCUCAUUGGCAAUGACUCUAAGGGAUGCCAUUAAUUCUGCAUCAUCAUUUACUCAAUCUUUGAGUAGAGACUUGGUGGAGGGCCAGCAGAAGCUGUUGGCUCUAGCAGCUGCUGGAGCAAACCCAGGUGCAUUAAAUUCAUUGCCUUCUCAACGGACUAAUGUUCCCUUACUACAUGAAAAGGUUGAGGCUCCGAUGGAUCCAACAAAGGAGCUAGCGAGGCUGAUAGGAGAAAGGAAGUAUGAGGAGGCAUUCACUGUUGCUCUACAACGAAGUGAUGUGUCCAUUGUGUCCUGGUUAUGUUCGCAGGUUGAUCUACAUGGACUUCUGUCGAUGGUUCCUCUUCCUUUGAGCCAAGGUGUAGUUCUUUCACUUCUGCAACAGCUGGCUUGUGAUAUUAACAAUGACCGGCCUCGGAAAAUGUCUUGGAUGACCGAUGUUGCUGCUGUCAUAAAUCCUGCGGACUCGAUGAUUGCAAUGCAUGUGAGGCCAAUCUUUGAGCAAGUGUAUCAGAUACUGAAUCACCAGCGUAGCCUGCCCACAAUUACUGGAUCUGAGCUCUCCAGUAUCCGUCUUCUAAUGCAUGUUAUCAACUCCAUGCUUAUGACAUGCAAAUGAUUCUAUAUGUUCUUUUGUUAUAGAAAUGUGCUAAUUGGUAUCUCAAGACUGCUAGUACGAUUGGAAUUUUGUACAAAGCUCAAUGGCUUUCAUUGGAAAGUUUACAGAUCUGUAGGAUCAGUUGUCUUCAAUGAGGUAGACAGGUAAUUCACUCGUUCAACAACUCUGCCACAUCAAUGAAAAUUUUUGUUUCUCAGUUUGUCUUAUC